CGCCCCCGCUCCGCUGCGCGCACAUUGCGCGGCUCUGGGCGCCCGGUGAUGGUGCUGCUGCUUCUUUCCUUCCCUGCCCUCCAAAUGCUCCCCCGGCCGCACUGAUGAACGGGUUCUCAUCUGAUUCCGCCUUUCAAGAGGACGCAGAUGGAAAAUCUACUCUUAUGCGGCGGGGAUGGAUUAUUGGGUUUCGCCUUCCGCAGUUUGAUGGGGAAGAAUCCCUUUAAAUCUGCCCGCUAGGAACAGCCCCCAGGUUCUAACGCGGAGGAAUGGCAGCGUGCUCAGGUAGAGCGGGCGGGCAGCGUGCACCGUGAUGGAGCGUGCCUGCAAGCUGUCUGUAAUGCUAAGCCUCCUUCUUAGCACUUGGACAGGACUAGUGCUGCUCCAUUGUGGUUUUGAGUAUUAAUCAAGAUGAAUAUCUCAAUGCACUGAAAGUCAUCAUCCAAAACCGUUUCUAUCUGCAUUAAUAAGGUGGGUGAGAAGAUGUAGCGGCAGAGGAGCAGCACCGCAGGGAGACGCGGGGCCGCACCAUGUCGAGGAGGAGCAGCAGCCGCGCCAGGCCCGACGCCUUGGCUGCCCUGCAGGCCGCCAACGAGGAGCUGCGGGCCAAGCUCACCGACAUCCAGAUUGAGCUCCAGCAGGAGAAGAGUAAGGUCAGCAAGUUGGAGAGAGAGAAGAAUCAGGAGGUGAGGCAAAUCAAAGAGCACGAACAGCACAAAAGUACGGUGGUGGUCACAGAGCUCAAAGUCAAACUUCACGAAGAGAAAAUGAAGGAGCUCCAAGCUGUUCGGGAGGCACUGCUGAGACAGCACGAGGCCGAACUGCUCAGAGUCAUAAAAAUUAAAGAUAAUGAGAUCCAGAGACUCCAGGCCCUGCUGACCGCUGUGCGCGAUGGGGCUCCUGACAAGGUGAAAACUGUGCUGCUCACAGAGGCCAAAGAGGAGGCCAAGAGGGGCUUCGAGGUAGAGAAAAUAAAAAUGCAGCAGGAAAUUUCAGAACUUAAGGGGGCCAAGAAACAAGUGGAGGAGGCUCUGACUAUGGUCAUCCAAGCUGACAAAAUCAAAGCUGCAGAGAUAAGGAGUGUGUAUCACCUGCACCAAGAGGAAAUCACCAGAAUUAAGAGGGAGUGUGAGAGAGAAAUCCGCAGGCUGAUGGAGGAGAUUAAGUUUAAAGACAGAGCAGUCUUCGUGCUGGAAAGAGAGUUAGGGGUUCAAGCCGGGCAUGCCCAGAGACUGCAGCUCCAAAAGGAGGCUUUAGAUGAACAACUGUCCCAGAUCAAAGAGUCUGACCGGCACCUGGGCAGCCCCAAGCGGGAACUUCCUUAUGCAAGUGGUGCAGGAGACGCUUCAGAUCAUUCGGGAAGCCCCGAACAGCAGUUGGAUGAAAAGGAUGCCCGGCGCUUCCAACUGAAAAUCGCCGAGCUGAGCGCCAUCAUCAGGAAGCUGGAGGACCGCAAUGCGCUGCUGUCAGAGGAGAGGAACGAGCUGUUAAAACGCCUCAGAGAAGCUGAAAGUCAGUACAAGCCCAUCCUGGACAAAAACAAACGCCUGAGCAGGAAGAAUGAGGAGCUGUCACACGCCUUACGUCGAAUGGAAAAUAAACUAAAAUUUGUAACACAGGAAAACAUCGCAAUGAGGCAAAGAGCAGGAGCAAUGAGGAGACCGAGCUCCUUAAAUGACCUCGACCACAACCAGGAAGAAAGAGAAGUGGAUCUCCUGAGACUCCAAAUCAUCGAACAGCAGAAUAUCAUUGAUGAGCUCUCCAAGACCCUGGAAACUGCUGGCUAUGUGAAGAGUGUCAUGGAACGUGAUAAGCUGUUAAGGUAUAGGAAGCAAAGGAAAAAAAUGACAAGAAUUCCUAAGAAGCCGGUGGUGGAGACAUUUUUCGGCUAUGAUGAAGAAGCCUCCUUGGAGUCUGAUGGAUCCUCUAUCUCAUAUCAAACGGAUCGGACGGACCAGACCCCAUGCACCCCUGAUGAUGACCUGGAAGAGGGCAUGGCCAAAGAAGAGACAGAACUGCGGUUCCGGCAGCUGACGAUGGAGUACCAGGCUCUGCAGCGUGCAUACGCCCUAUUGCAGGAACAGGUCGGAGGAACAUUGGAUGCAGAGCGAGAAGUUAAGACACGUGAGCAGCUCCAAGCAGAGAUACACCGAUCCCAGGCUCAGAUAGAGGACCUGGAAAAGGCCCUGGCAGAGCAGGGGCAGGACAUGAAGUGGAUUGAGGAGAAGCAAGCACUGUACAGAAGGAACCAAGAACUUGUGGAAAAGAUAAAGCAAAUGGAAGCAGAGGAGGCUCGCCUGAAGCACGAUGUGCAGGACGUCAAAGAUCAGAACGAGCUCCUGGAGUUCAGGAUCCUGGAGCUGGAGGAGCGAGAAAGAAGAUCACCUGCUAUCAACUUCCAUCACAUUCCCUUCACGGAGGGGAAAAGCCCUCUCCAGGUUUACUGCGAGGCAGAAGGUGUCACAGACAUAGUAGUGGCAGAGCUGAUGAAAAAAUUGGACAUUUUAGGGGAUAACGCCGUAAGUAACCUGACCAACGAGGAGCAAGUUGUUGUCAUACAAGCAAGGACAGUUCUCACGUUGGCUGAAAAGUGGCUCCAGCAGAUUGAGGUGACCGAGUCCGCGCUGCAGCAGAAGAUGCUGGAUCUGGAGAAUGAAAAGGAGCUGUUCAGCAAGCAGAAGGGCUACCUGGACGAGGAGCUGGACUUCAGGAAGCAGUCGUUGGACCAGGCAAACAAGCAAAUUCUGGAAUUAGAAGCCAUGCUCUAUGAUGCCCUGCAGCAAGAAGCUGGAGCCAAAAUCUCCGAACUUCUUUCAGAAGAGGAGAAAGAGAAACUGAAGAGCGCGGUAGAGCAGUGGAAGCGCCAGGUGAUGAGCGAGCUGCGCGAGAGGGAUGCCCAAAUCCUGCGCGAGCGCAUGGAGCUGGUCCAACAUGCCCAGCAGAGAAUUAAAGAGCUAGAAGAAAGAAUUGAAGGCCAAAAAAGACAAAUAAAAGAGUUAGAGGAAAAGCUUUCAUUCUUUGGUCCUAGCCCUUCAGGCCAAAUGCAGAAGCCUACCGAUGAAGCUGGAAUUGCUUCUACUGUUAUGAACUGGAGGAUGGCAUUGGUUGCCAAGGCAGAAAAAGAGACACUGCAAUGUCCAGAAAUCCAAAUAUAUCUUGUAUUUUGCUGCUGGAGAUGGAGGAGCAAAUUGUUCUGACCCUUUCAGACUGAAGAUGAACCAGGCUGUGUAGGAAUUCCUGCACUGGUGGGGUCUGCACCACCAAAAUCUCUGACCGUGCAUUUUCAAAAGCUGGAACUAAGCUGACAAAGAAGAAAGCCAAAAAACCCCUCCCUCUAUUAACAGUUCUGGGCUUCUCCCAGGGAGCUCUGCCUCAGCUGCUUGGAACAGACUUUCAGUGGAGGUCUUCGCUCUGCUGCUUGAAAUAGCUCAGCUUUACCUAAGCAGCAGUAUACUAAUUCAGAUAAACUGAAUAGAUUUUAGUUCCCUGCUAAGCAGGUGGAGAAUUGCUUCUCUGUGGAAGUGACUUUGUCCUGUUUUCUAUGUCAGUCAUUUAUAUUUGUGAUUCACAGCUAUUUACAAAUCUGUCUUGAAAGGAAAUGAUAGGGAGCGUUCCAGAUGAAUAACUCCCGACAAGAGAAAUGUUCCAAGGCAUUUCAUCACAGCACGGGCUCUGUCCAAUGGUUUGCUGAGUACCCCGGCAGCCCAGCAUGAGGGGACAAACACAAAGCUCUGUUCGAAGCCUUCAGGACAUGAAGCUGGACUUGGCUGUGAGAUUUCAGCAGGCCACGCUGCACAGCACCAUGACUAAACUGGAGCACUAAUUUAGAGUUUGCCGUUCCUGAAUGAUGCUAAAAGGCUCAACAGUGUCCAUUCAAAAGAUCAACUUGAAAAAGAGUGAACCUGAAAACACGUCAUCCCUGACCCCAGCGGUGUUGGAGGUGGUAUGAGGAAUGGAGGCACAUAUAUGCAAAGCGUGCGGCCUGAGGCCAGGCUCAGAGCCAGCAAAAGGAAUGUUCUAUAGCAACAUGUGGAGGAGGAAGAGCCCCAAAGGAGUCCCACCAACACUUUGCCAAAUGGGAACUGGAGCCAAGUGUGCAAAUCCUGACCUGCUGGUGGAUGAUGGGCGUCUCCUGCUGCUCCUGCAGCCCCAGCAGCACAGGCUGCAGGGAGCAGCUCUGCCCAGCCCCGGGAGCACCAGGAGGAACAUGAAGCCAAAGAGCUCCGGCAGGUACCCGCGCCUCUUCUGCAACC